AUAAGUGCUACUGGUAUAAUUGUUGCUAUGUCAGCGUUUAUUGUAUUUUGUGUCGUGUAUAAUAAUUACCAUGUUGGAUUUUGGUCGAUAUUAUCAGGUAUAUUAGCUGCAAUUUGUUUUCACCUACACUGGUUGAAAGGAAAAGAAAGAUUAGAAAGAUGGUACAGUAAAACUAUAUUAAGAAAAUUGAAUAUUAUUGGCUUUUUAAGUGCAGUGGCAGGAAUUACUGCGCUAAUUUGGUACCUCUUUGUCACAUUAUAUUAUAAAAUUCCCAUUACACCUUUUGAGACUAGUACAGCAAUAUCAGCAGUUUGGGGUACAGUUUGCGGACAAUGGGGUAUUUUCUUAAUGUAUUAUGCUCAUAAGUAUGAGUUAAUUAUCGAAGAAAACUCUGAACCCAUAUUAACAGAAAGUAAUGCAUAAGAUAUUUUUAUACAAGAGAAUAUAUUAGCUUCUAUAAGUAGA